UCUUGGUAAAAUGAGACAUCCAUUAUGAAGUUUGUCCUCGUUUGUCGAUUCCUUGUACUUCUUGGUGUAGUCCAUUACUCAGAGUCCAAGCCAUAUUUUAUUCAGGAACCAGCAAGCCCACAAAGUGCUACGGAAGGUGACAAUAUUACACUUAGCUGGAGUUACAACCUUGAUGAGACCUUCCGGCAGACUUCACUUCAAAUUUGGAAAGUUUUGGCCAAUGGUUACCAAAACAUGAGUGUCAUUAAAUACCCAAACAACAACCCACAAUUUAACAAUGAAUUCGGCGAUAGAUUUCAUUUGCAAAUAAUGUCAGAGAAUCAAACAUCAGUGGAAAUAACUGGAAUACCAAGAUCCGACAGUGGAAAAUAUCAGUAUCAGAUUACUACAAGCGACUUCCAAUUGGUUACAAGUUCUGUUGAACUCUCAGUGCUGUACUACCACCCAGUAAAGACCACUAUGACAACAAAUCUGACUGACAACACCGUUGUUGUGAGUGAAACAUUCAGUAUCACCUGCAGCGCACAGGCCAACCCACCUGCAAAGUAUCGAUUCUAUGAAGGAAAUGAGUAUGUAGAUAAUGCAGGCAAUGAUGCAAUGAUUACUACUUCAGCUAGUGAAAAAGUAAAAAUGGUGAACUACAGCUGCAUCCCGUUCAAUGUUUAUGGUAAUGGAACAAAAGGAGAGGUAGCAGUGACUGUGUACUGUAAGUAUUUGAUAGAGUGA